AUUCAAUUGGUUGCAGUUUUCCAAUACACCCUAAACCAUGACGUCACCGAAGUAUCCAAGGCAGAUUAUGAUUCCUGCUCAUCAAGCAACCCUUUGCAACCACCUUUCACCGGCGGCGCCACCACCAUAGCCCUCCCUUCCGCCGGAACCCGGUACUUCAUCUGCGGCACCGGCGGCCACUGCCAGGGCGGCAUGAAGGUCGAGAUCGACAUCCUCGCCGCCGCCUCUUCACCACCGCCCCCCACCACUCCCGUGCUUCCACCACCACCACCCCCAACCGCCGCCCCUCCGGUGCUUCCACCACCACCACCACCACCACCUGCCGCCACUCCAAGGGUCCCAUCCCCGCCGCCAACACCUUCUCCCGUUUCCUCCCCACCACCACUCAGAAGCACGCCUCCGCCGCCAACACCGUCCGCCGUCUCCUCCCCACCACCAGUCAAAAGUAUGGCUCCUUCGCCACCGCCAAAGGUAUCACCUUCAUCACCACCACCGUCAAAGGCGAAGGGCGGGCCCACAUUGCCGCCCGCCCCCGCUCCUCUUCCGGGUGUGCCGUCCGUCUUGCCGCCUGCCUCCGCUCCUCCUCCGGGUGUGUCCGUGUUGCCGCCGCCGCCGACUCCGUCGUCAGCCGCGAAACUCCGCUUGAUGGGUGGUCUGAUCACCGCCGCGGUGAUCGUAUUUUUUUAAUCUGUGAGAUGCUUCAAUUCAUUGGACAAUAUAAUAUUAUAUUAUAUUAAAUUGUAUUAUGCUUCAAUUCAUUGCCUUUGUACCAAAUAAACCUUAUUAAGAAGAGGUCCUAUUAUUCAUAUAAUUACAAUAUUAAUGUU